AUGCAUAGUCGGGUGAAUCCUUCCAGCAACUCUGUCUUGAGGAGAAUUGAGGAGAGUGACGGACGACUAACUACCACAGUUCCCAUAACGGGUGAGUCAUCAUCAUCGCCUUUCAGACCCUUUUAGCAGAUUUCUCUCUCUCUCUCUCUCUCUCGCUCUCUCUCUCUCUCUCUCUCUCUCUCUCUCUCUCUCUCUCUCUCUCUCUCUCUCUCUCUCUCUCUAUCUCUCUCUAUCUCUCUCUCUCUCUCUUUCUCUCUCAAUAGAUCUCCUUCUCUGUUGGUGGUGCAAGCUUCAGAAGUUGACUUACUUGACUUUUAAACCCUUUUACUCUGUGAGGAGCAUAUACAGUAGGUCAUUCACACAUUUUCUGUAGGCUACCGCACUCUGUUUAAGAUAAGGUACACGUUAUAUUUUUACGGUGUGUUUUUAUGCCCAUUUUUCUUUUCAAAGACAGAGCUAAAAUAAGAAACCUGCAUAAUAUUGUUCUACUAUGUCUGCUGGGUAGACAGCUGAUGUUUAAUAGCAUAUAGGACGUGUCCCAAAUGGCACCCCGUUUCCUACAUUGUACACUAGUUUUGACAGGGCCCAGGUCAAAAGUGCAUAGAGUGACAUUUGGGAUGUUCCCAUUGAAUCACUGGGAGAUAAAUGAAUAUCUAAUUGAAAUACCCAAGAGUGAAAUCACAAAGUUAUAAAUCUAUUUAGGUUCCCUGGGGGCUGGGAGUGUUAUUUUCAGAGUUUUAAAACAUGAGCUCAUAAAUCAAGAUAUUUAAGGACACACGAACUGGAAUCUGGAAUAUGAUUUUUCCUCUCUGAGUAAUCCGGGUCAUCAACAUGUUACCUCUCUCACCUGCCUCUCACAUUGGCAUCAAACAUCAUCAAGCUACCCACAUACAGUAGCCACAGUCUUGUUCUAUAAAACACGCUAUGUUUUACAUGUGUUAGAAACAUCACUUUGUUACAAUAGUAUUAGCAGUUUACACAACUUUAGCAUCCAGCUCUAUUCCAGGUCACUGGCAUCAGGAUUGUCUGUACUGCAGUCAAGCUACCCUUUCUGGCCUGACCUGGCUGUGUGUGACAUCUUCACCUAGCAUCUCUUACCUAAGUUACUAGCCUAGUGAGAGCAGAGCUCUGAUUGGCAGCUCUGUAUUAUUUCCAGGGUGAGCUGUUGUCAGGUGUUCUCAGGUAAGAAGGUGUGUCUAGGGCGCACCCCUGUCAGCACCUGAGCCAAAUAACCACAAUAAAAACUCACGGCAACAGAGUUGAUUGAUUGAACAUUCUCAUUCAUAUGUAUAUGUAUGUGUCUUUCGGAGGGGUUGGGUUAAAAGUGGAAGUCAAAUUUUGGUUGGACCUUCUGUGCAAUUGACCAAUAAAGUGAUAAAGUGGUCUUUUAAUAGGUAAUUAUGAAAAUGAUCUAUGCAAAGCCUCAGCCAAGCUGGUCUGUUCUGAUUUGCUGAACUGAUUUACAUAUAAGAGUUCCAGAUGCAGGAUGAGUCAUUCUGAUGACAUGGCCCAAUUAUUCCAACCAAUCUCUGUUGUAGAGGCAGCAGCCAAGCAACACAACAAGAGGUUUAGUCAGUCUGUUGUAAUUUAUCUUCUGUGGGGACAACCAUCUUAUGUUUUCCUUUCUCUUAUGAUGUUCAAGUGGUGUUUGUUGGUAUAGCUUGAUUUAAUCAUUGGCACCGACACUACAUUGAGAAAAAUAAUGUAUGGCAUUAAAAUGAGCUGUAGUGUAUUGUACUGUAGUGAUGACAGGUAGGUAAAUGUAAACAUACAUCAUUUCAGAGUUAACCAACUGGCAACACUUUACCCUAAGUAGCCCCUAUACCUAUGUAACAUACUGUAGAUAUGUAACACAAGUGGAAUCCCAUGGUUGAUAGGAUCCUGAUCUAAGGACCUUAGUUGGCUGAUUCAAUUGUAACAAGGCACAGGGUAUAAUUCACUUCACAGAAUGUCUGUUUCUCUCUAGCACCCACUACACUCUAUUACCAUGUAAUAACAUAGCAGUUACACAUAGGUAUAUGGGCAAAUUGUGUUACACGUGUUUGCGGCAUUAAUCCUUUCAGAGAUUUGCAUGAUCAGUUUAGAACAUUUUCCCACAUUCCACAUCUUCAGAAACCCCUGUUUGACUGUGUUGAGAGGUUGGCUGAGACCUCCCACUGUAACCAAAAGUUUAUUCAUCUGUCACUUAUCCCUCUGUCUAUCUAUCAUUCACCUCAGCCUGGGUUGAAUAAUAAGGUAGCUGAGGGAGAGAGAGAGGGAAGGAGAGAGCGAGAGAGAGAGAGAGAGAGAGCGAGGGAGGGAGGGAGGGAGGGAGGGAGGGAGGGAGGGAGGGAGGGAGGGAGGGAGGGAGGGAGGGAGGGUGCUCCUUUCUUGGUUCAAUUGGAGGGUAGGAGAGGAAUUUACCUAUAUUGACAUACUUCUUCCACUCCUCUCUCUUACUUUCUCUCUCUCUCCCUCUACCCCCCUCUCUCCAGCUCCCUCCCCCCUCCUCCCCCUCUCUCCCUCUCUAGGCUCAGGUGUUGGUCUUGGUCCAUCUGUCAGUAUAAAAGUUUGGAAGAGGUCUUCAGUGGUUCAGUCCAUCAUUUCCUUUUUCACGGAGAGGUUUUCUGUCAAUGAGAGGAUCAAAGGGUCAACACCUCUCCUCUACACGGCGCCACUCAAUCUAAACCAACAACCACAUUGGUAUGUGAUCGGUCUGACAGAGUGUGACACACCUGGCACUUCUUCUCUGAGCCUGUGCGGUCUGCUCAGCACCUGACUGCCUGGCACUGCGUCCGGGACACACCUUGACACACCUGGGUACGUCUAAUCCAGCCGUUUCAUUAGUUAGCUAAUGCUCUUUUAUGCAGGUGAUGAUUUUUGAUGCAGGUGCAUCAAACUGUCAAAAAUGUUAAAUCUACAAAAAAAGGAUAUCAAAUAAUAAUAUAUUGCCGUAGCAAAUGAGAGCCCUGAUGCAAUCAAAGAACAGCAAUUAGUGUCAAUGGACCAAACUAGCUAAUUUAACUAAUGUACUAUACAGGCUCUUAUGAUUGGUGCAAUUACACAGGGAGAACCAGAUCCUAUCCUAAAGGUCCUAUUGCAGUGGGCAAGCUCUGAAACCAGGGCAAAGUACCCACUCUCUGCCCGUGGAUAGGGGAUGUGAUUAAGGUGUAUCUGAUGUCCCAUUCACACAAAUCACCUUCUUCGAGUCAGGUAAAGAAAGAGGGAAUGAGAGAGAGACACAGAACUGGUGACUUCAGCAGUACAGCAGUUAGGCCUUUAGAACCUGUUGUGACAGGUUUCCUUCUAUGUAUCUCAUAGCUCUCUGCUGGGCUGCCCUGGGUUGGCUGAUGGCCAGACAGAAAGAGAGAAAAAGAGAAAGAGAGUGAAAGAAGAGAGAGAAUGAGCAUGAGAUUAAUGCUCUGAAGGCUGGAACCAACCCUUCAGCUCUGCUUCCUACUACCACACUCUUCUUAGUCAAUAUAUAUUCAACAGUAUUCUUCAAAAGAAGAAUCGCUCUGCUGGAAAGUGUUCUAGGUGUAUAGGCUAAACCAUGUGGAUUGCGUGAAUCUGAUAAAUUCUUCUUCUUCUUCUUCUUCAGACUGGACUGGAAUGAUUGAUUGUCACCACGAGAUUCAAAUAAGAUACGGUGGCCUACUGGCAGAACAAGAUUGUUGUCGAGUCAAGGAGGGUGAGUUGAGCAUCUCUAAAUGGCCAAGAAUGGAAAAAGGUUGGAAACUUUUGAGCAAGUAUGCCAAACCUAUGGCAUUACACCUGUCUGUCUGUGCUUCUAACCAGCUAUUGUUUCUUUAUUAAGUGUGACAUGCCUGUGAAAUGACACUGACAACUCAUGUACGGCAUGUUAAGGCCCACAAGGAGGGGACCUUGUGUGGUGGUUGUGUGUUUGCUGGGGUGACACCAGUGUCAAAAGAAAAGCUGUGUCUUUGAACAAAGAUGAGUCUUCUUACCUGCACCUCUGAUGUUUAGCGGUUGAAAUGGCACUGACUAAUGACAUUAAGCAUGCUUUAGUGGCCCACUGACCCAGUGCCAGCCACAAUGGACUGAGUAACUACCCCUACUGUAUGAUCAACUUAGCACAAAAUCUUCUUACAACUAACUCAUGAUAAAAUAUUUAACAGACUUAAGUUAUUACUGUCAAUCCAAGCAUCUGUGACUUUCAAAUAUAUGGAUCAGGUGUUAUAGAGCCAAAUGCUAAAGGACAAAUUGAGAGAUUAGAAUCGUUAGCAUGAAAGCUGUCAAUAAAUCCCCAAGGGGAAAAGGUUAGAAGGACAUCUUUACUACAGAUUAAUGACAGGUUCCAUAAUGACAUAAUGACAUGGUGCCUGGGAACUGAAGGUUUCUGUAGCUUACAGAGAAUAAACAGACUUCUUAUUUUGAAACACUUACAUAACAUUAAUCUUGAGCCUGAAAUUGUAAUUGUCAAGUAAUGUUAUGGAUGUUUUUUUAGCGGUGACAAUAAGAAAUAUUAAAAGAUAAGAAUACGAACAUAAAACAAAUGGCUCAGUAGAAUAAACCUUUUAGCAAGUGAGUAACAUCAAGGAGAUUAACAUUCAAAAGCUUGUUCAGUACAUGAGGGCAAACAUGACAGCCACAUGUUUUUUAUACACAGGACAGAAGUUUAUAGGUUUUUGUUCCAGACUUUCACUAACACCUCAUUCAACUUAUUGUGGUCUAAAUUGUAGACGAUGAAUAGUUGAACAUGGUGUUUGCUGGGCAGGAAUAAGAACUUGCUCACAGUGCAGUACUCUGGGGCAGAAAUCACCCAUGUCAGUAUUUUAGAAUGACCGCCAUAUGUAACAAUGAGUUGACAAUUAUGCAUGAUAGAGAAUAACUUGUGAAUCUACUUCUAACAUAGUGAUGUUGCACAGUGCUGAAUAAACUCCUGACUAAACUCCUGGGAUUGGGUGAUUUUCCUGGUGGGCGGGAGGUUCCAAAGUUCUUUCCAUCUGUCUGGGUGAUGGGGUGGGAUGUGCUUCAACCUGAAGAGAACAGAGCAGAAACAUAAGGCCAAGGGAGGAGAAAUUAACCUCACUGCUCAAAUUUCAGUCCUGGUUCAGGUUGCUGUGAACCACAACUACCCUUGUUAAUGUGCAAUGGUUUUGUAAACAGUUUUCAUAUUCAUAGGCUUGAUCAAUUUGUCACCGAUUUACUUUUCAUUGAUCAUUUCAUUAUUCAAAACAUUUUCUUUAUAUGCAAUGGUGAAACACGAGGGGAGGGGAAAGUGACAAGAAGAAAGUUAGCUAGCUAGCAUGCAUAUAUUGACUGAUCAUGUAAGAAUGCACAAAUAACUUGGCUGGCUAGCAAGCCUAGAUUGAACUGGAACAUUUUCUCCCGAAUGGGGACCAUAACAGUCCACCAUUAAAUCAGACAUUUUUUGAAUUUCCGCUGUGUCGCAAGAUGUUAUGGGAUAGCCUCCCCACCGAAGGGAACGAAAAAGUAUGCUCCCAUGCGUGCUUUGUUUUCCAGACCUCCCAAGUACGCUUAUAGAACUUCCAGGUAAACUUAGUACAUACUUGUCUUUUCACGUUCUUAUGUUUGGAAUCGCACACGAAAAAUGACAGUUGACUUUCGUACUUGCUUAACGCUCUAGAUAGAACACAAGUAUGCAUUUUGGAACACUAUCAGUGUUUGUUUGACUAAAUAGUACAUGACAUGUGAGAACUAACAGGAGCGCUAUGAUUUGCAUAUAUGACUGUAUCACAUUGUUGACAACAGGCAAGCCAGUACUUUCACAUUGUCAAGGUGACGUGUAUGCGGGAAACGAAGUCAAGCGCAGGACACCGAACUACUGGCAGAACGUACUUUACUCAAAACCGUAAAGAAAGUACAAAACAAAACUCCAAACAGGGAGGAACAAUAAUCGCAUACAACCAGCACUGCCGACCUAACGGAAAACAAUCACACACAACAAACAAAUGAGAGACAGGGUUUUUUAAAGGGAAUACAAUCAACACUAAUGGGACACAGGUGUAAACAAUACAGACCCGUCUAGACAAACACCGAAACAUAGAUCGGUAGCAGCUAGUACUCCGGGGACGACGAACGCCGAAGCCUGCCCGAGCAAGGAGGAGGAGCAGCCUCGGCUGAAUCCGUGACACACAUGCAGGCAUGAGAGCCUGAAAAGAGAGGAAAAGGUAUGGGAUUAUGUCUUUGCCUGGUUUCAUGGUCCUACCCAAUGGUAUGUUUCCAGGAAAAACUUCCCCAAAAGGACAAAUUCAUGGUAAACAGGUUGGAGGAGCACCCUAUAUCUAAAUUCCUCUAGAAAAGCAUAUUUAAAGUACUCAGACCCCUUGACUUUUUCCAAAUUUUUCCAAAUUUAGCUGCACAGCUAUUUUCAGGUCUCUCCAGAGAUGUUAGAUCGGGUUCAAGUCCGGGCUCUGGCUGGGCCACUCAAGGACAUUCAGACUUGUCCCGAAGCCACUCCUGCGUUGUCCUGUUGGAAGGUGAACCUUCGCUCCACUUUGAGGUCCUGAGCGUUCUGGAGCAGGUUUUCAUCAAGGAUCUCUCUGUACUUUGCUCCGUUCAUCUUUCCCUCAAAGCUGACUAGUCUCCCAGUCCCUACUGCUGAAAAACAUCCCCACAGCAUGAUGCUGCCACCCCCAUGCUUCACCAUAGGGAUGGUGCCAUGUUUCCUCCAGACGUGAUGCUUGGCAUUCAGGCCAAAAGUUCAAUCUUGGUUUCAUCAGACCAGAUAAUCUUGUUCCUCAUGGUCUGAGAGUCCUUUAGGUGCUUUUUGGCAAACUCCAAGCGGUCUGUCAUGUGCCUAUUAUUGAGGAGUGGCUUCCGUCUGGCCACUCUACCAUAUCAGCCUGAUUGGUGGAGUGCUGCAGAGAUGGUUGUCCUUCUGGAAGGUUCUCCCAUCUCAAUAGAGGAACUCUGGAGCUCUGUCAGAGUGACCAUCAGGUUCUUGGUCACCUCCCUGACCAAGUGCCUUCUCCCCCUUGGUGGUUCCAAACUUCUUCCAUUCUAGAAUGAUGGAGGCCACUCUGCUCUUCUUUCUGUAGAAAUGUUUUGGUACCCUUCCCCAGAUCUGUGCCUCGACACAAUCUUGUCUUGGAGCUCUACGGACAACUCCUUCGACCUCAUGGGUUUGUCCCUGUGGGACCUUAUAUAGACAGGUGUGUGCCUUUCCAAAUCAUGUCAAAUCAAUUGAAUUUACCACAGAUGGACUCCAAUCAAGUUGUAGAAACAUCUCAAGGAUGAUCAAUGGAAACAGGAUGCACCUGAGCUCAAUUUCGAGUCUCAUAGCAAAAGGUCUGAAUACUUAUGUAAAUAAGGUAUUUCUGUUUAGUUUUUUUCGCUUUGUCAGUAUGGGGUAUUGUGUGUAGAUUGAUGAGGAAAAAAAACAAUUUAAUCCAUUUUAGAAUAAGGUUGUAACGUAACAAAAUGUGGAAAAAGGGAAGGGGUCUGAAUACUUUCCGAAUGCACUGUAGUUAAGGGGCAGGAAACAGUAGCCACAGUAUUUGCAGGCUUUUGUUCCAGCCCAGCUCUAACACACCUGAUUCAACACAUCAACUAAUCAUGAUCUUCAAUAUAGACUUGUAUUACAGUUUUUUCCCAACAGCUUACACACGUUUUCAAAACUAUGUCUCCUUUUUUCAAAACUCUACACACAAUUCCCAAAACUGCACACACAAAAUUCAAAAUGCCUCACAUCUCCUUCAAAAUGUAACACUGCAUUCAAAAUGCCAUAAACACAUGUCAGAAUGAAGCAUUUGCAUCAAAUGUCAAACACUUCUUUCAUAAUAGUAAAUAUUUGGAUAUACCAUGUAAACACUGUUGUUCUAAAUCUAAAGCUCUUUGGUCUUUCAUAGGCUUAUAUCUACAUUUCAAUACAAUGUUCUACAGUGAAAGUAAUCUGCUGAGAGGGGUAACAAGUACACUGUAAACACCAAUGCAAUGUAGAAACAGGCCAAACAUUACUGUUGUAUACAGUAGCAUACAACAAAACCAUAAACAUAUGUAAACCAAAAGUAUAUUCUUUAGAAUACAGUAAAGAACACAAUUGUGUGUGGGGGGUCCCGGGGGGGCAGUCCAGGAAUUGGUAGGGGGGGGGGGGGGCAGUCACCAGUGCUAAGCUACGCUUCAUCUCUUCUCCAGGCUGGGUCUGGCCACAAUACUUCGUCCACAUCACAAGAUAAGUUUUCUCUUGCCAAACAUCGAGGGAAGUAUCUCCUAGCAUGGCAUAUCCAACCUUGGACAGAGGCAACCUCUAUGUCCCCACAUGCGUCCUCCAUUGCCUGGAGAAGCGGCAUGCGGGCAUAGGGUUGGCGAUCAUACACUUUCCAGCGCCAGGCUGAGAAGAAUUCCUCUAUGGGAUUUAGAAAAGGUGAAUAUGGGGGUAGGUACAAAACUACAAAUUGUGGAUGGGUGGCAAACCAGUUUUGGACCAGAACAGCCCGGUGAAAACGAACAUUGUCCCAUAUAACCACAAAUCUAGCAGGCUCCUGAUCUGGAUCAGGGACAAGCAUUGUGUAAAUUGCAUCCAGAAAAGUGAGCAUAUGGCCGGUGUUGUACGGACCCAGUGUGGCAUUGUGAUGGAGGACCCCGUUUUGAGUGAUGGCAGCACACAUGUCUAGGGACAUUGGUAAUUGCCCUCUGUCCUAUUACAUUUCUUCCGCGGCGCCUGGUUUUGGUGAGGUUGAAGCCAACCUCAUCUACAUAAAUAAAUUUAUGGCGAAUUACAUGGGCAUCCAUCUCCAAUACUCUCUGUAACAGACAAAAGGAUAUACAGAUGAGUAAAUAUGGUAUGUCUGAAGUACUGGAAGUAGUGUUGCAAACAUACCUCUACAAAGUCAUGUCGCAGAUUCUUGACUCUGUCAGAGUUUCUCUCAAAUGGCACCUUGUAAAGUUGUUUCAUCGUCACUUGGUGCCGUUGGAGGAUGCGUUGUAUGGUCGACAGGCUUACAGCAUUGAUGUUGUUAAAUAUGGUGUCAUUAUUCAAGAUAUGCUCUCUUAUCUCUUGAAUCCUAAUUGCAUUGUUGGCCAAAACCAUAUUUAUAAUUACAGUCUCUUGUACAUCUGUAAACAAGCGUCCUCGUCCUCCAUGAUGUCUUUGCCUUUCCACUCUGUACAGAAUUCAAACACAGUAUGUGUUCAGCAUAGGAACCGUAAACAAUGUACAAAAACAGGUAGUACAGCAUGAUAACCAACCUCAUUCAUUCAAUGCAGUGCAGUAAAUGGAUGGCUUAGAGUUACAAAUGUUUAUGCAAUACUAUGCAGUCAUACGUAUUUUACAGUACAUUACUGUAAUGCUAAAAUAGUCAUUAGAUAGUUGCAUACCUGUUCUCAUUUCUGAAGGUUCGAAUUAUGGACGCCACUGUAAAUCGACUCAAUUUGGGCUGGACUCUCAGUCCAGCCUCUCUCAUGGUCAUACCGUGGUUGAUCACAUGAUCAACAAGUGUUGCCCUAAUCUCAUCAGAGAUGGCUCUCCUUCCUUCUCUUCUUUGCCCUCGUCCGCUUCUUCCCCUUCCUCUUCCUCCUACUCCUCCUCCUCUUCAACUCUUCGUCUUUGAAUUUGUCCUCAUUGUUGUCCCCUGCCUCUCCCUCCUCCUCUUGCUCUCUGUCAAUUGUUGGCAUCCAUUAUUCAAAACAGGUAAUCUGACCUUUGACCUAUUUAUAGGCCUAUACUACAGUAAAGCAGUGAUUGGUUAGUGAUCAGUUAAGCAAUUAGUGUUUGCACAUGUGAGGAGUGUGUGUGUGACCUGGUGAAUAAGUGUAGCAUUUUGAUUGGUUUUGUUUGGAAAAGGAAAGCAAGUCACUUCCUGUUAGAUUUUUGUGUUUUAGGUAGAGAAUUGUGUGUAGUGUUUUUGAAAAAUGUGUUUUAUGCAAUUGACAACUGAGUCAUAGGCUGAGAAAUAGCUUAUGGUUUUGGAGAUUUGGUGUAUAGUUUUGCACUUUGAGUGAGAGGUUUAAAAAAUCGUGUGACAUGAAAAGAUUUAGUGUGUAAGCAUUUGGAAAAAAAAGUUGCCCACCCCUGUCUUACUGUCUGUGACAUGACAUACAGUGGGGAAAAAAAGUAUUUAGUCAGCCACCAAUUGUGCAAGUUCUCCCACUUAAAAAGAUGAGAGAGGCCUGUAAUUUUCAUCAUAGGUACACGUCAACUAUGACAGACAAAUUGAGAAAAAAAUUCCAGAAAAACACAUUGUAGGAUUUUUAAUGAAUUUAUUUGCAAAUUAUGAUGGAAAAUAAGUAUUUGGUCACCUACAAACAAGCAAGAUUUCUGGCUCUCACAGACCUGUAACUUCUUCUUUAAGAGGCUCCUCUGUCCUCCACUCGUUACCUGUAUUAAUGGCACCUGUUUGAACUUGUUAUCAGUAUAAAAGACACCUGUCCACAACCUCAAACAGUCACACUCCAAACUCCACUAUGGCCAAGACCAAAGAGCUGUCAAAGGACACCAGAAACAAAAUUGUAGACCUGCACCAGGCUGGGAAGACUGAAUCUGCAAUAGGUAAGCAGCUUGGUUUGAAGAUAUCAACCGUGGGAGAAAUUAUUAGGAAAUGGAAGACAUACAAGACCACUGAUAAUCUCCCUCGAUCUGGGACUCCACGCAAGAUCUCACCCCGUAGGGUCAAAAUGAUCACAAGAACGGUGAGCAAAAAUCCCAGAACCACACGGGGGGACCUAGUGAAUGACCUGCAGAGAGCUGGGACCAAAGUAACAAAGCCUACCAUCAGUAACACACUACGCCGCCAGGGACUCAAAUCCUGCAGUGCCAGACGUGUCCCCCUGCUUAAGCCAGUACAUGUCCAGGCCCGUCUGAAGUUUGCUAGAGUGCAUUUGGAUGAUCCAGAAGAGGAUUGGGAGAAUGUCAUAUGGUCAGAUGAAACCAAAAUAUAACUUUUUGGUAAAAACUCAACUCGUCAUGUUUGGAGGACAAAGAAUGCUGAGUUGCAUCCAAAGAACACCAUACCUACUGUGAAGCAUGGGGGUGGAAACAUCAUGCUUUGGGGCUGUUUUUCUGCAAAGGGACCAGGACGACUGAUCCGUGUAAAGGAAAGAAUGAAUGGGGCCAUGUAUUGUGAGAUUUUGAGUGAAAACCUCCAGCCAAUCAGCAAGGGCAUUGAAGAUGAAACGUGGCUGGGUCUUUCAGCAUGACAAUGAUCCCAAACACACCGCCCGGGCAACGAAGGAGUGGCUUCGCAAGAAGCAUUUCAAGGUCCUGGAGUGGCCUAGCCAGUCUCCAGAUCUCAACCCCAUAGAAAAUCUUUGGAGGGAGUUGAAAGUCCGUGUUGCCCAGCGACAGCCCCAAAACAUCACAGCUCUAGAGGAGAUCUGCAUGGAGGAAUGGGCCAAAAUACCAGCAACAGUGUGUGAAAACCUUGUGAAGACUUACAGAAAACAUUUGACCUGUGUCAUUGCCAACAAAGGGUAUAUAACAAAGUAUUGAGAAACUUUUGUUAUUGACCAAAUACUUAUUUUCCACCAUAAUUUGCAAAUAAAUUCAUUAAAAAUCCUACAAUGUGAUUUUCUGGAAAAAAAAAUUCUCAUUUUGUCUGUCAUAGUUGACGUGUACCUAUGAUGAAAAUUACAGGCCUCUCUCAUCUUUUUAAGUGGGAGAACUUGCACAAUUGAUGGCUGACUAAAUACUUUUUUCCCCCACUGUAUAGGAGCAUAGAGAAAAUGCACAGAAGCUUAUAACGUCUGUGAUGGAUGACUUGGAAUGUCAACACGACACCAAAACUGUAAGUAAAGUGAACGAGGGUUAAACCCCCAGUAUUCCUUCUUUGAGAUUAUGUUAGUUUUCUCCCCUCGUCUCACUGUUGGCACUCUGGGCUUUAGUUAUAACAACACAACACAGGAACCGACAGAGCAAAGGAGAUGAAAAUAAGUACUUCCUAAUUACAUGAUGGAUGAAAGCGAAAAGGUAGACGCUCUUGGUCCAUUAGAACUGCCAGUCAAGGUGAGGGUUAGUUAUGGCAACAUCUCAGGACUGGGACAGCUGAAACAUGCUCAGAAACAAGCACACCUGGGUUCAAAUACUACUUGAAAACUUUUAAAUACUUUGAGCAUUUGCUCUAGCUUGCCCAAGUUCCAGAUAGGUGGGUUUACAGUUUUGGGACUAUUCUAUUGGUCCAUUAAGUUAGGUAUGCUCAAUCAAGCACAGAUAAAGUAUUUGUAAUGAUUUGAAACUAUUUGAACCCAGGUCUGUCAGAAACCAGCAAACCGUUCAGCUUUAGAAGAGCUUUAAAGAGGAAUUGGACACUUAGAGGAAAACCAGCACCACUAAACAUUGGUGUAUCAAAUUAUUCACAUAUAUAUUUUUGUCUUUAAAUCAGAUGAGAACCAUUCAUUCAUACAUUUUGACUCCUAAUUUGUGGGAAUAUCCCCAGGACAAACUGUGGACAUUUUGAUACCUGAUUUUGAAUGGGUCGUUUUUUCUAUGGUUAUGAUAGCAUGGCAGAGUUGGCAGACUGGUGCCAUUCCUUUUCCCACAUGUCAACUCACAGACGAUGGCAGCGUUUGCUCAUCUGAAUGGCACAUACAUUUGUCAGUAUUAGGUUCUGGUUGUGGGGACCAUUAUCAGUACACAGUUCCUAGAGUUAAAUCAUUUUGACAUUAAGGUUAAUUGUGAAGAUGUAUUGCAGUAUAUUGGUUAGUUCCCAGAAUCUAACGAAUGACCCUGCUGUUACAUGGCAAGUGCACUACAUCUAUGCCAUAAAGGUCCAGCCCUUUUGUCAGAGGUCACAGUACGCUUACAAACAGGGAUGUCACACUAUAGUCCUCAACCUCCCACAGAUCCCGCUCCACCUUGAAUCCAGUUAACCAUCUAUGGCCAAAGAAAUGGCAGCACAGUCAUUCUUCCUCGUCAGUGCAACUCCAAACGACCAAUCAGAGGUUUGUGUCAAGCAGGUCAAAAGUCAAAGGAGCUGUUGCUGCAACAGAACAAAGGCUGUCUCAACUCUGACAUUUCACUUCCUUUUUACUCCUGUAUGAAAACAUCCACAAUCUCUCUCUCUCUCUCUCUCUCUCUCUCUCCCUCUCCGUCUCGGGUCGCCAUCAUUAAUGGCUGAUCCCUGGCCGUGACCCCACUCUCCAAGGGUGUCUCAUGGAGAGUUGGGAUAUGCAAAAAACACAUUUCCAUUUACACACAUACAGGUUCCCCACAUGUACAGUACCAGUCAAAGGUUUGGACACACCUACUCAUUCAUUAUUUUUCACUAUUUUCUAAAUUGUAAAAUAAUAGUGAAGACAUCAAAACUAUGAAAUAACACAUAUGGAAUGAUGUAGUAACCAAAAAAGUGUUAAACAAAUCAAAAUAUAUUUUAUAUUUGUGAUUCUUCAAAUAGCAACCCUUUGUCUUGAUGACAGCUUUGCACACUCUUGGCAUUCUCUCAACCAGCUUCAUGAGGUAGUGAUAGCCCUAUUUGGUAAAAGACCAAGUCCAUUUUUAUGGCCAGAACAGCUCAAAUAAGCAAAGAGAAAUGACAGUCCAUCAUUACUUUAAGACAUGAAGGUCAGUCAAUUGUAAGGGUUGGUGUGAGGUGUGACCCAGGUGCGGUGCAGGAUAGACAGUCGGUAGUAGGCAGAGAUGGUGAAACAAGGAUCUUUACUAGUGGUCCCAAAGCCAGGAUACAAAAUAGCAAAUAGGUCUCCAAAAACAGGCUGACAGCCAAAAUACGAAAUACUUACUACGACUGAAACAAAUAAAGAAACAGGGAGAACACUUCUCAUGUACCUGUACAUACAUCUCCGAUCAGACACUGAUUAGUACUGCUGGGCAUAGAGAAACUAGCAGAGAAAACUGAGCAAGGGAACACAGGGAAGUGAGGGCAUAAAUACGCAGGUGAACAGGUAGACACAGGUGACACAAAUAGGAUCAUGAUUAGUCCAGACUGUGAGUGAGGAGGUGCCUAAGGUUGUCAGAGGAGGACACCUAGUGGAUCACACCGGAACUGCGACCCCCUCCUGUAACAGUGCCCCCCCUUAACAAAGGUCCCCAGCCGUUCACCUCGGCGGAAUGUUGUUAUCAGCCCUGGGUCCAGAAUGGGCACCUCCUGGGCACCCAGGACCGCUCCUCCGGCCCAUAAUCCUCCCAGUCCAGCAGAAAUUGGAGACCCCUCCCCACCCGCCGGCAGUCCAGGAUCUGGUCCACAGUAAAAGCCGGCUGCCCUCGACGAGGCAUAGCGGGGGAACAGGAUGAGGAGGGGGAGCCAGGGGACAGGUGGCAAUGGGCUUGAGGAGGGACACAUGGAACGUGGGAUGCACCCGCAUGGUCGGGGGAAGUUGCAGGCGGUAGGCCACUAGGUUGACUGGCCGGACCACUCUGAAUGGCCGACGAAAUGGGGGGACAGCUUCCUGGACUCCAAGUGGAGGGGAAGAUCCCGCGUGGAGAGCCACACCCUCUGUCCCGGGUGAAAAACCGGGGCCGGGCGACGCCUGUGGUUGGCCAGAUGUUGAGACCUGACCGAGGCCUGCUUAAGCGCCGCCCGUACCUGCCUCCAGGUGCGGCGACAGAGACUGAUGUGGGCCUGAACCAACAGGAUCGCCACCUCCUCCUCUUGCUGGGGGAAUAGGGGGGGUUGUUACCCGUAUUGGCACUGGAAGGGGGACAGGCCAGUGGACAAGCAGAGAAGGGUGUUGUGGGCGUACUCUGCCCACUCCAGUCGCUGACUCCACGUAGCUGGGUUGCUGGAGGCAUAGCACCUCAGCACCCCAUCUGGAUCCUGGUUGACGCGCUCUGUCUGCCCAUUCGACUGGGGAUGUAAUCCGGAAGACAAGCUGACGGAGGCGCCGAGGCAGGUGGCGAACAUCUUCCAGAACCUGGAGGCGAACUGAGGGCCCCGAUCCAACACCACAUCUUGGGGAAGGCCGUGGACCCGGAAAACGUGCUGCACCACCAACUUAGUGAUCUCAAGGGCCGACGGGAGUUUGAGAAGGGGAAUGAAGUGGGCAGCCUUCGAAAACCAUUCCACAACGACCAGGAUGACUGUGUAUCCAUCAGAGGGGGUAGCGCGGAAAUGAAAUCCAACGAGAUGUGGGACCAGGGGCACUUGGGGAUAGACAGGGGUCGGAGCAGCCCUGCCACGGGCUGACGUGAGCUUUUCGUGCGCACGCACACCGGGAAAGCAGCCAUGAAGGCACGCGUAUCCCCCUCAGCUGAUGGCCACCAGAACCUCCUAUGCAGGUACUCCAAUGUCCUGGCGCCCCCCGGAUGGCUGGUGAGGUUGGGCACGUGCGCCCUCUGAAGCAGUCUCUGGCGCGCUGCCUUGGGUACGUACAUCCUCUACGAUGGACCUCCGCCCGGAUCGGGCUCCCGCCGUAGCGCUGCUCUGACCAGCCUACCGAUUCCCCACGAAACUGGGGCAGCAAUCAGGUCGUUGGGGACAAUGGGGUCGUCCCUCUCCAACAGGUCCACGGGGUCGAACUGCCGGGAGAGCGCGUCAGGCUUGGUGUUCUUCGACCCCGGACGGUAUGAGAUCGUGAACCAGAACCUGGUGAAGAACAACUGCCACCUGGCCUGGUGCGAGUUGAACAACGAGUUGAACAACGGCCCCCUGAAUGUAGGCUAAGUUCUUAUGGUCAGUCCAUAUGACGAAUAGAUGGGCGGCCCCCUCUAGCCAAUGCCUCCACUCCCCCAGGGCGAGCUUGACUGCUAUCAGCUCACGGUUCCCCACGUCGUAAUUCCGCUCCACCGGGGACAGCCAACGGGAGAAAAACACGCAGGGGUGAGUCUUAACGUCUGUUAGGAACCACUGGGACAGGAUUGCUCCCACCGCAACGUCUGAAGCAUCCACCUCCACAAUGAACGGCAGGGACAGAUCAGGACCGGGGCCGGUGUAAAGCGCCGCUUAAGUGCAUCGAAUGCGUUCCCUGCUUCCGGGGUCCAGGCAAAGGAGCGCACACUCGUCUGGGUGAGGGUUGUCAGGGGAGCGGCUAGGGAGCUAAAAUUGCAAAUAAAUCGGCUAUAAAAAUUAGCGAACCCUAAAAACCGUUGUAGUUGCUUGAGGGAGGAGGGCUGGGGCCAAUCCAUUACCGCGCUGACCUUAGCUGGGUCCAUCCGUAGGUCCCCCUGGGUGACGAUGAACCCCAGGAAGGAGACUGUCUCCGUGUGGAACACGCACUUCUCCACCUUGACGUGGAGCUGGUGACGGAGAAGGCGUUGGAGGACCUGCCAAACAUGCUGCUGGUGUUUUGAAAAUAUUAGGUAUGUCAUCCAAAUACACGAAGACGCUGUAGUCGAGGAGGUCCCGGAGCACAUCAUUGACCAAUGCCUGGAACACCGCAGGCGCGUUGGCUAGACCGAAUGGCAUGACUUGGUACUCGUAAUGCCCACUGGGUAUGUUAAAAGCCGUCAUCCACUCGUCCCCCUCCCGAAUCCUCACCAGGUUGUAGGCAUUUUGUAAGUCCAGCUUGGUGAAGACCCGGGCUCCCUGCAAUGACUCGAAUGCCGUCGUCAAUAGGGGGAGUGGGUAGCGGUUCUUAACCGUGAUGUCUCACCCGGUAAUCAAUGCACGGCCGCUGCCCACCGUCCUUUUUCCCCACAAAGAAGAAGCCAGCGCCUGUGCGUGAGGUAGAGGGGCGGAUGUGACCCUCGAUGAGUGCCUCGUCGAUAUACUCCCUCAUGACCAGCGUCUCCGGCCGGGACAAGGGAAACAAUCGCCCUCGUGUGGGCAUGGCGCCCGGCAGGAGAUCGAUAGAGCAGUCGAAUGGCCUGUGAGGAGGUAGGCCCUUGACACGCCUCUUACUAAACAUCUCCCCCAGAUCCCAAUACUCCCGAGGAACGCCUGCCAGGUCUGGGCCGGUGACGGAGUCAUUAGCCGGCAUCCUCACGGUAGGCAGUUCGGAGUGCGGGACCUGGGGAAGAGGUGAGGACUGGUAGGUGGUCUGGGACAGUGGUUUGGGCUGAUGAGUGGUAGGUGGAGACCGGAACAGGAUGGGGGCGGAGCCUCCCUCCAGGAUGAGUUGCCCCGUGGACCAGUCUAUCCGGGGUUUGUGGGCGAUCAGCCAGGCGUGCCCAAGGACGAGGGGACACUCCAGAGAGUCCACAAUUAAAAACUGGAUAUCCUCCCAUAGCCCCCCUGCCACCCGGACAUGCACAGGGACAGUGCGCCGAGUGAUGAAGCCCGACCCCAACGGCUGGCAGUCCAGGCCCAUGACUGGAACCGGCUCGGAGAGGGAGAGUAACAGAAUGCUCCACCCUUGGGCCAGCCCCGCGUCCAUCAGGUUUCCCGUGGCCCCAGAAUCCACCAGUGCAUGCGCCCAACGCGCAGUGCGGGCCCACUGAACCCUGACGGGGAGAAAAGUCCAGGAGUCUCUGGAGGUUGGGUUUCGGUUCCGGCUCGCUAGCACCCCUCCCGAUAUUAGUGAGCCCUCCCGUUUCCCGGCUUCUCCGGGCAUGUGUCGAUGUGGUGACCGGCCUGGCCGCAGUACAGGCAACGUCCCUGGCGCAGACGCUUCCAUCUCUCCAAGCACGCCGCACCCAGCUGCAUAGUCUCCUUCUGAGGCGUCUUUUUUUCUCUGAAUCGGCGGAAAGCCUCCGGGCUGAUAGGGGGACGAAGAAGCGCGACUUGCGUCAUCCCUCUCUCGUGCACCCUCUCACGACGCCGAUUGUCUACCUGCACCGAGAGGUUGACGAGGCCGUCCAGUCGCUCAGGCAGCUACCUGAAGGAGAGUUCGUCCUUCAUCCCCUCCGAUAGCCACUGCAUCAACAGAGUGAUGAUGUAGGCCACCCACCCUGCUCCGUCGGGAAGGAGGAAGAUUGUAGGCUGAACACCAGGGAACACUGGGUGAGGAAUUCCCUGCAGCCCUCUGGGCGUCCGUCAUACCUCUCCGGAGGUGGUAGGCGGGGUUCCCGCGAUGUCGCAGGAGAGACUGGAGAUGCCACUACCGCGGCUUCCGCUCCGCCGGCUGCCGGGGAAUGGUCGGGUGUCCAUCCGGCUCUGCACGGCGAUCGUCAGCUGGCAGAGAUUUUCGGUGAUCUGCUGUAGGCUGCGGUCGUGUUGGUUCAGCAUAGCGCCCUGUGUUGCCAAUGCGCUCCGAUACUGUGCUGCCUCCGCUGGACCAUAUUGGCUCAGUUUUCUGUAACGGUUGGUGUGAGGUGUGACCCAGGUGGGGUUUAGGAUAGACAGUAGGCAUUAGGCAGAGAUGGUGAAACAAGGAUCUUUACUGGUGGUCCCGAAGCCAGGAAACAAAAUAACGGACUUAUCACGAUAAAAGAAAGGCGGAGCAAAUAAGUCUCCAAAAACAGGCUGACAGCCAAAAUAUGAAAUACUAACUACGACUGAAACAAAUAAAGAAACAGGAAGAACACUUCUCAAGUACCUGUACAUACGUCUCCGAUCAGACACUGAUUAGUACUGCUGGGAAACUAGCAGAGAAAACUGAGCAAGGGAACAAAGGGAAGUGAGGGCAUAAGUACACAGGUGAACAGGUAGACACAGGUGACACCAAUAGGAUCAUGAUUAGUCCAGACUGUGAGUGAGGAGGUGCCUAAGGUUGUCGGAGGAGGACACCUAGUGGAUCGCUCCGGAACUGCGACCCCCUCCUGUAACAGUCAAUAUGGAAAAUUUCAAGAACUUUUAAAGUUUCUUCAAGUGCAGUCGCAAAAACCAUCAAGCGCUAUGAUGAAACUGGCUCUCAUGAGGACCGCCACAGGAAUGGAAGACCCAGAGUUACCUCUGCUUAAGAGGAUAUGUUCAUUAGAGUUACCAGCCUCAGAAAUUGCAGCCCAAAUAAAUGCUUCACAGAGUUCAAGUAACAGACACAUUUCAACAUCAACUUUUCAGAGGAGACUGUGUGAAUCAGGCUUUCGUGGUCGAAUUGCUGUAAAGAAACCACUACUAAAGGACACAUAAUAAGAGACUUGCUUGGGCCAAGAAACAUGAGCAAUGGACAUUAGACCGGUGGAAAUUUGUCCUUUGGUCUGGAGUCCAAAUUGGAGAUUUUUGGUUCCAACUGCCGUGUCUUUGUGAGACGCAGUGUGGGUGAACGAAUGAUCUCCACAUGUGUAUUUCCCACCGUAAAGCAUGGAGGAGGAGGUGUUAUGGUGUGGGGGUGCUUUGCAGGUGACACUGUCUGUGAUUUAUUUAGAAUUCAAGGCACACUUAACCAGCAUGGCUACCACAGCAUUCUGCAGCGAUACGCCAUCCCAUCUGGUUUGGGCUUAUUGGGACUAUCAUUUGCUUUUCAACAGGACAAUGGCCCAACACACCUCCAGGCUGUGUAAGGGCUAUUUUACCAAGAAGGAGAGUGAUGGAGUGCUGCAUCAAAUGACCUGGCCUCCACAAUCCCCCAACCUCAACCAAAUUGAGAUGCUUUGGGAUGAGUUGGACCGCAGAGUGAAGGAAAAGCAGCCAACAAGUGCCCAGCAUAUGUGGGAACUCCUUCAACACUGUUGGAAAAGCAUUCCAGGUGAAGCUGGUUGAGAGAAUGCCAAGAGUGUGCAAAGCUGUCAUCAAGGCAAAGGGUGGCUAUUUGAAGAAUCUCAAAUAUAAAAUAUAUUUUGAUUUGUGUAACACUUUUUUGGUUACUACAUGAUUCCAUAUGUGUUAUUUCAUGGUUUUGAUGUAUUCACUAUUAUUCUACAAUGUAAACAAUUGUAAAAAAUAAAGAAAAACCCUUGAAUGAGUACAGUCGUGGUCAAAAGUUUUGAGAAUGACACAAGCAUUGGUCUUCGCAAAGUUUGCUGCUUCAGUGUUAUGAGAUAUUUUUGUCAGAUGUUACUAUGGUAUACUGAAGGAUAUUACAAGCAUUCCAUAAGUGUCAAAGGCUUUUAUUGACAAUUACAUUAAGUUUAUGCAAAGAGUCAAUACUUGCAGUGUUGACCCUUCUUUUUCAAGACCUCUGCAAUCCGCCCUGGCAUGCUGUCAAUUAUUUUCUGGGCCACAUCCUGACUGAUGGCAGCCCAUUGUUGCAUAAUCAGUGCUUGGAGUUUGUCAGAAUUUGUGGGUUUUUGUUUGUCCACCCGCCUCUUGAGGAUCGACCACAAGUUCUCAAUGGGAUUAACGUCUGGGGAUUUUCCUGGCCAUGGACCCAAAAUGUCAACGUUUUGUUCCCCGAGCCACUUAGUUAUCACUUUUGCCUUAUGGCAAGGUGCUCCAUCAUGCUGGAAAAGGCAUUUGUCGUCACCAAACUGUUCUUGGAUGGUUGGGAGAAGUUGCUCUUGGAGGAUGUGUUGGUACCAUUCUUUAUUCAUGGCUGUGUUCUUAGACAAAAUUGUGAGUGAGCCCACUCCCUUGGCUGAGAAGCAACCCCACACAUGAAUGGUCUCAGGAUGCUUUACUGUUAGCAUGACACAGGACUGAUGGUAGCGCUCACCUUGUCUUCUCCGGACAAGGUGUUUUCCGGAUGCCCCAAACAAUUGGAAAGGGGAUUUAUCAGAGAAAAUGACUUUACCCCAGUCCUCAGCAGUCCAAUCCCUGUACCUUUUGCAGAAUAUCAGUCUGUCCCUGAUGUUUUUCCUGGAGAGAAGUGGCUUCUUUGCUGCCCUUCUUGACACCAGGCCAUCCUUCAAAAGUCUUCGCCUCACUGUGUGUGCAGAUGCACUCACAUCUGCCUGCUGCCAUUCCUGAGCAAGCUCUGCACUGGUAGUGCCCCGAUCCCGCUGCUGAAUCAACUUUAGGAGACAGUCCUGGCGCUUGCUGGACUUUCUUGGGCGCCCUGACGCCUUCUUCACAACAAUUGAACCUCUCUCCUUGAAGUUCUUGAUGAUCCGAUAAAUGGUUGAUUUAGGUGCAAUCUUACUAGCAGCAAUAUCCUUGCCUGUGAAGCCCUUUUUGUGCAAAGCAAUGAUGACGGCACGCGUUUCCUUGCAGGUAACCAUGGUUAACAGAGGUAGAACAAUGAUUUCAAGCACCACCCUCCUUUUAAAGAUUCCAGUCUGUUAUUCUAACUCAAUCAGCAUGACAGAGUGAUCUCCAGCCUUGUCCUCGUCAACACUCUCACCUGUGUUAACGAGAGAAUCACUGACAUGAUGGCAGCUGGUCCUUUUGUGGCAGGGCUGAAAUGCAGUGGAAAAGUGUUUUUGUGAUUAAGUUCAUUUUCAUGCUAAAGAGGGACUUUGCAAUUAAUUGCAAUUCAUCUGAUCACUCUUCAUGACAUUCUGGAGUAUAUACAAAUUGCCAUCAUCAAAACUGAGGCAGCCUACUUUGUGAAAAUUAGUAUUUGUGUCAUUCUCAAAACUUUUGACCACGACUGUAGGUGUGUCAAAACUUUUGACUGGUAGUAUACAUGCAGGUAAACAGGAAAAAUAUAAUUUGACCUUUUUGACAGAAACACACACACACACACACACACACACACACACACACACACACACACACACAAGAGAACACAAGAGUCUUGAUUUCACCCUUCAACCCAUCUCAGCAAUAGCUGGUUUUGAGUGACCUAAUCUUCACGGUUUGUUGCCCAUUUUAAUGAGCUUUGAGGAGUGUGUGUGUGUGCUUGCGUCCGUGCGUGUGUUUGUGUGUAUGUGUGUGUGUAUGGGGUUACCCUUCCUGGAACCUCUGCCACGUGUCUCACACCUGUGCUGGGAUCUGAUAACAGAAUUGUAAACUGAUGAAGAUGGAAGAGCACCCUUCCAUAGAGUCCUAGACCAAAUGUUUCUCCAUUUAAAGUGCUUCUUGGUCCAAGAUUAGGCUUAAUCUGUGUCCGGGAAACUGUUCCAUUGAACCUAAAGUACCCACACCUGUACACUAAAAGAUCCCAUACUGUAUCUCCCCUAGUCUUGUACAAUGAUAACUCAGAGAUGCCCAGAAGACCACUGAGAUGUUACACUGGGGUUAAGUGUUGUAGCCUACCUGAAAGGUACAGUGGCUUGCGAAAGGAUUCACCCCCCUUGGCAUUUUUCCUAUUUUGUUGCCUUACAACCUGGAAUUAAAAUGGAUUUUUGGGGGGUUUGUAUCAUUUGAUUUACACAACAUGCCUACCACUUUGAAAAUGCAAAAUAUUUUUUGGGGUGAAACAAACAAGAAAUAAGACAAAAAAACAUAGAACUUGAGCGUGCAUAACUAUUCACCCCCCCCCCCCCCAAAGUCAAUACAUUGUAGAGCCACCUUUUGCAGCAAUUACAGCUGCAUGUCUCUUGGGGUAUGUCUCUAUAAGCUUGGCACAUCUAGCCACUGGGAUUUUUGCCCAUUCUUCAAGGCAAAACUGCUCCAGCUCCUUCAAGUUGGAUGGGUUCUGCUGGUGUACAGCAAUCUUUAAGUCAUACCACAGAUUCUCAAUUGGAUUGUGGUCUGGGCUUUGACUAGGCCAUUCCAAGACUUUUAAAUGUUUCCCCUUAAACCAUUCAAGUGUUGCUUUAGCAGUAUGCUUAGGGUCAUUGUCCUGCUGGAAUGUGAACCGCCGUCCCAGUCUCAAAUCUCUGGAAGACUGAAACAGGUUUCCCUCAAGAGAUUCCCUGUAUUUAGCGCCAUCCAUCAUUCCUUCAAUUCUGACCAGUUUCCCAGUCCCUGCCGAUGAAAAACAUCCCCACAGCAUGAUGCUGCCACCACCGUGGGAUGGUGUUCUCGGGGUGAUGAGAGGUGUUGGGUUUGCGCCAGACAUAGCGUUUUACUUGAUGGCCAAAAAGCUCAAUUUUAGUCUCAUCUGACCAGAGUACCUUCUUCCAUAUGUUUGGGGAGUCUCCCACAUGCCUUUUGGCGAACACCAAACGUGUUUGCUUAUUUUUUCUUUAAGCAAUGGCUUUUUUCUGGCCACUCUUCCGUAAAGCCCAGCUCUGUGGAGUGUACGGCUUAAAGUGGUCCAUUGGACAGAUACUCCAAUCUUCGCUGUGGAGCUUUGCAGCUCCUUCAGGGUUAUCUUUGGUUUCUUUGUUGCCUCUCUGAUUAAUGCCCUCCUUGCCUGGUCCGUGAGUUUUGGUGGGCGGCCCUCUCUUGGCAGGUUUGUGGUGGUGCCAUAUUCUUUCAUUUUUUUAAAUAAUGGAUUUAAUGGUGCUCUGUGGGAUGUUUGAAGUUUCUGAUAUUUUUUUAUAACCCAACCCUGAUCUGUACUUCUCCACAACUUUGUCCCUGACCUGUUUGGAGAGCUCCUUGGUCUUCAUGGUGCCGCUUGCUUGGUGGUGUUGCAGACUCUGGGGCUUCUCAGAACAGGUGUAUAUAUACUGAAAUCAUGUGACACUUAGAUUGCACACAGUUUGACUUUAUUUAACUAUUUAUGUGACUUCUGAAGGUAAUUGGUUGCACCAGAUCUUAUUUAGGGGCUUCAUAGCAAAGGGGGUGAAUACAUAUGCACGUACCACUUUUCUAUUUUUUUUUAAAAUUAUUUUUGGAAACAAAUCACUUCACCAAUUUGGACUAUUUUGUGUAUGUCCAAAUAAAAAUCCAUUUAAAUUACAGGUUAUAAUGCAACAAAAUAGGAAAUACGCCAAGGGGGAUGAAUACUUUUGCAAGGCACUGUACAUUCAUACUAUGAAUGACCCAGACUAUGAAGGAUACAAUAAGGAUAUAAUGUAACACAUGGAUGGCACUGGCAAGCAUCAACCACACACAGAUGAAUCAUACAAGCCACUGUACAUGCAGUACAUGUCAUGGACCUGUGAAAGCUAGGCAAGACACAUUUCCAAUUCUAAAUCACGUAGAGAAAAAACACAAGGAAUGGGAUUGUGACUCAUAACACACAUGUUAAACUACACUGUGUACAAAACAUAGACUGACCAGGUAAAUCCAGGUGAAAGCUAUGAUCCCUUAAUGAUGUCACCUGUUAAAUCCAUUUCAAUCAGUGUAGAUGAAGGAGAGGAGACAGGUUAAAGAAGGAAUUUUAAGCCUUGAGACAAUUGAGACAUGGAUUGUGUAUGUGUGCCAUUCAGAGUGUGAAUGUGCAAGAAAAAAGAUUGAAGUGCCUUUGAACAGGGUAUGGUAGUAGGUGCCAGGUGCACCAGUUUGAGUGUGUCAAGAACUGCAACACUGCUGGGUUUUUCACGCUCAACAGUUUCCUGUGUGUAUCAAGAAUGGUCCACCACCCAAAAGACAUCCAGCUAACAUUACACAACUGUGGGAAGCAUUGGAGUCAACAUGGGCCAGCAUCCCUGUGGAGUGCUUUCGACACCUUGUAGAGCCCAUGCCCUGAUGAAUUGAGGCUGUUCUGAAGGCAAAAGGGGGUACAACUCAAUAUUAGGAAGGUAUAUCACGCCCCAAACUCAAAGAUGUUUCUAUUCUUCCCAGGUGCAGAUUUCCUUCUAGGCACACCAUCAUGUCUUCAGACUCUCCCAGCUCCACGUUUACACCCAGUGCCAACAGGUUCCUGACAAUGACACCAGCCACUCAGGCCUCCUCCCUACGCACCUGUGAGCCUCCAGAGUCCCCCCUCCAGCAGAUGGCACACUCACAGGUACCAGAAUCCACUGAAAACGGUUUAUUUUACAGUUUACCCAGUUUCACCCAGAAAGAAUCCAGAUGUUAGCCCUGGGCAUGGAAACACUCCCUCCAUUUUGAUUUAGCCCAAAGCCAUGGAUGCUUUACCCAUCUAAUCACCUUUCCUGCACCUGCAUUAGGCUACUGUUCCUCCGGUGGUAAUUCCAGAAUCCACACUGUGAUUUUAGUGCAUCAGCCCAUAGCUGUUUGACUAACCAGACCUCAGUUCAAGUAGUAUUUGUUAUCUUUCAAAUACUUUGAGCAUUUACUGCAGCCUGCCUGGAGUGGUAGAUGGACAGGUUUUGAAAAAUUGACCAUUUUUGGGGGAUUCCAUUGGUUGCUUUUCAUUUGUCAUUUUCAUUGGUUCCAUUGUGCCAGAUAAAGUAUUUAAAAGAAAAUGAAUACUAUUUGAACCCAGAUCUGCUGCAAAAGAGAGAUUGUUUAUGAGUGAAUCUAAAAGGAUGUAAACUAUCUACCUAUCGCACACACAGGACCUUGUUACAGGCAUGAUGUGUUACAGGCAUGAUGUGUUUGAACAGAAAUUAUGUUUGCGUCCCAAAUAGCACCCUAUUCCCUAAUAUGAUGCCAUUUGGGACACAGACAAUGCCAGGAGAUAAAAUGUAGGUCAUUGUUGGUUGCAGAUGCUAGCCAGGAGAUUCUGGAUGUUGCUAAAUAACCAGCUAACAAAUUGUUUAUUAAUCUCCCCUCAGUGUGAGGAGAGCAGUUCUGUGUCAUUUACCACUGCCCAGCGCGAGAGAGAGAGCGCCACCUACAGACAGAAAAAUGGCCCUGCAGAGACCUGCAGGAGGCACAGCGUAGAUGGAGCCAUGGUGGGACAGAGUCAAAGGUCAAACUUAGGGUCAGGGUCAGCUGACCACUUCCACCCCUACCGACGUCAGUUCAGCGAUGAUGGGGUUGCAACAGGUUGCCUGGCCCCUGGUCCCCCUGGGUCUCGUACCUUCGUCUGUCUCAGAGAGGUAGAGGCUCCAGAUAGCUUCGCUGCCACACACACAUCUACCAGUGAGGAACAGACAUCCUGGGAUCCAUACAACGGGAGUUUCCAGGCUUCCAGACUGAUGGUAUGAUACAGUGAUACUCAUACUCUAAAUGGCUAUUCAUUCAUAGUACACGCCACCAGCUGAACUGUAGUACCAUACCCAUGUGUACAUAGCCAUCGGGGAGAGCCUCACAUGCGCAAGCAGUUCCCCAUAGACAGAUCUCUCAUACACACCUACAGCUCCUAUCCACACACACACCCACCCACACCCACCCACCCACAUCACGAUGAUACUAGUGCUGCCAAUGAGUUUCCUCGGAUUUCAUCACUUGUAUCAUGCAUUUAUCUUCAUUCAUUCCCUUCAUUCAACACAGCAGGGCUCCCAGCGCUCUUACCCAGAACCACCGGCAGCACCCGAGGAACCUGCCUGCUUCCUGUCCCAAGGCCACGCCUCCUACAACCCCCUAGCCCCACUGCCGCAGGUGAGCGGGCAAGACCAAAGUACAGGGGGAGGGGUUAACUUAAGGGGGAGGUUCUUAGAGGGGCUUUUCUCAAUAGGGCUUGAUUAUAUCAUACCAAUAACUUGUUUACAGUAGUAGGCUUUGCAGCACACAGCUGUGCGGUUUGGAAAAACCUCACUGUGUACACACUCUGUUGCUAAAGUAAUACAAGUUCUGCUCUAACAAUGUGUGUGUAUGUAUGCGUGUGUGUACGUGUGUGUGUGUGCGUGUGUGUGUUCUCUCCAGUUCUCAUCAGGUGUGUAUUCUACCAGUGGACAAUCCAAAAGUUGUCAGUACUCUCUCCAGUGCCUCUCCACUCCAACCCAUCAGGACAGUAGCAUGCAGUCCCUCUUCCCCAAGCCCAUCUACUCAUACAGGUGAACACUCUACUUCGAUACUCCAUACAUGUGCAUAAUCACAAUGUUUUACAUUUACAUUUACAUUUACGUCAUUUAGCAGACGCUCUUAUCCAGAGCGACUUACAAAUUGGUGCAUUCACCACUUUACCAUUUAUUAUUAUUAUUAUUUUUUUUGGGGGGGGGGGGUAGAAGGAUUACUUUUCCUUUUUACCAAUCUGUACAGUCAGGUUUUGGACUUUGGUGCAACAUUAAUUAUAUAUUAAAGACCUUAUUUAAUCAAGACCUCAUUCAAUCAAGACCUUAUUUAAUCAAACCCAUUUCUCACUCUUCAUCACUCUUCUUUCUCUGUCACGCCUGCCCCCGCUCCCCCUCCCUGGCGCUCGAGGGCGCCAGGCUGCCCAUCAUUACGCACACCUGUCACCAUCGUUACGCUCAUCAGUGCUUCAUUGGACUCUCCUGAUCUUCAUCUCGGCUUAAUUACCUCCCCUACAUCUGUCUGUUCCUCAGUUUGAUCCCCGGGUUGCAUUGAUGUUGUUUUCUUUCUCUCGUCCACACGCUGGUCUUGCUUUGUUUCAUGUCUAUUUAUUAUUAAAAUUCACCCUGUACUUGCUUCCUGUCUCCCUGCGUCUGUCGUCACAUUCUCUGCAUGUUUGAAAUAAUGUUUACAAGGUGAAACAAAAAGAGGUUGAGCUGUAAGCAUGUCAGUUCUUUAAUAACCCCUUAAACCAGUUAACCUAAACUCCUAUCAAGUAUCAAUGUUACAUAAUAAAAAUAAGUCGUUCAUGGAGUCUUUUAUCACCUUUAUCCCUCAGGCUUGCAGGUGUGAGGUGGAUGAGUUGUGUGUGUGUGUGUGAGGUGGAUGAGUUGUGUGUGUGUGUGUGUGUGUGAGGUGGAUGAGUUGUGUGUGUGUGUGUGUGAGGUGGAUGAGUUGUGUGUGUGUGUGAGGUGGAUGAGUUGUGUGUGUGUGUGUGAGGUGGCCCAUGCCCUAGAUCUACACUGGUUCUGCAUACAUAGCACAGCCUCUUAUUCAAACCCACUACGGAAGACCGUUCGUGCUUUUAAUUACGAUAAUGUCAAUUCGACUGUAUCUACCAAACUUAUUUUCUGACUUUUUCCUCAGAGUCUGAAUUAGUAUGAUAAUAACAACUUGAAUGUCCCUGUUUCCUUUUAGUGUCUUGUGAAUGUCAUCAUGGAUCCUUGUCAUGAAUGUACACUCGUAUAAAAAAAUAUGCUAUCUAGAACCCUAAAGGGUUCUUUGGCUGUCCCCAUAGGAGAACCCUUUGAAUAACCCUUUUUGGUUCCAGGUAGAACCCUUUUUGAUUCCAUGUAGAACCCUUUCUACAGACAGUUCUACAUGGAACCCAAAAGGGCUCUACCUGGAAUCAAAAAGGGUUCUCCUAUGGGGACAGUCGAUGAACCCUUUUGGAACCCUCUUUUCUAAGAGUGUACUGUAUAUGUAAUGGAUAAACAACACUGUGAUGUUCAAUAAUAUAAUAUACAUAAUAAUAAAUAUAAUAAUAUAAAAUAAUAAUAUAAUAUUGACUACAACCGAUUGACUACACUGACUGCAAUGUUUGUCUUCUAUCCAUAGCAUCCUGAUCUUCAUGGCUUUGAGGAACAGUAAGACAGGGAGUCUCCCGGUUAGUGAGAUCUACGGGUUCAUGACUGAACACUUCCCCUACUUCAAGGUACAGCAGGAGGACAUUAUGGCUUCUCACUAACCCAAUAGUCAUCUGUGUUUUCAUAACUCUUUCAUUAUUCUCAUCCUAUGUAUUUUAUCUGUGCAAUGUCACAGACAGAGUUGUUAUAACCAUUGCUAUAAAUCCUUCAUGCACUGAGAAAUUGAAUGAACUUUGCAUUACCUAACUUUCCAAAACGGAUGAAUACAAGGACACACAAGUGGCAUGCAUUGGGCAUAACGACACUUGUAAAGUAAAUACCUUGUAAUGUGGUUUGAAAGAGUCAAUCACUGAGAGAUCAACACCUACUGAUCUUCAAUCCUCUCAUAUCUGGCGAUAAGCCCUUUAUAGAAAAACAUGGAGAGGGAGAGGGAGAUGGAGAGAGAGAAAGAGAGAGAGAUAUCAAGAGAGAGAGAGAAACCAUAGAUUUUAUUUAGAGCGUAGGAAGGAUUGAGUCUACCACCUGGCAGUUUCCAGAUCUCCUGGCAAGCCCCAUAGAUGAAUGAUGAAUUAUACUGUAAUAGUGUAUAUAGAUUCAACAGUGUGGCAAAGCAGAAUCGGCUGUAGCCGUAGGCUAGCCUCGUCCCAAGCCCUUUGUUGGGCCUCCUGUAGCUCAGUUGGUAGAGCAUGGCGCUUGCAAUGCCAGGGUUGUGGGUUCGAUUCCCACGGGGGGCCAGUAUGAAAAAUGUAUGCACUCACUAACUGUAAGUUGCUCUGGAUAAGAACGUCUGCUAAAAUGUAAAAUCAUUGACCCCUGCCUAUUCUAUAGAGAAUACAGGUGUGGCCUAUAGGACCUAGUCAAAAGUAGUGCACUAGGGAACAGGGUGCUAUUUGGGACACAGCCAGUGUUUAACGAGGCAAGCCGUGGGCUACCCCGGCUAAUACCCGUUAGGGCUUGAUCAGUGUCUUCCGAUCCAUCUUGGUGGUUUCAGACCCAUGAUUGGCUGGCUGUCUGGUGGAGGAAGGUGCAAUGUGGCACUGCAACAGCUUUGGCUCCUCUCCAGCCAAACAUUCAGUAGGACCUAUGACUGAGAGACUACCUCUGGGGGUGUGUGUGUGUGCAACGUGGCAUUUCCACUGCUUUGGUUCCUAUUGACUUUUAACUUGAUUUUGAAUUACUUAAUUGAUUACGGUUUCGGCAGUUGAAACAAACUCAGCUUGCUGCCCGCCCCAUUUCGGUAAAAAGCUAAGGGAUGGGGCUGGACAGAGCUAUGGAUGUAAGGUGUAUAUUGUUUGUUUACAUUUAAUGUUUACAAACAGUGGAGUAAAACAAGCGUAUAUUUUGGGUUCUGAACUAACUUAUAAGUUAUAUUCUUCAAGGAUCAAUGGGUAACACAGGAGGUUGGUGGCACCUUAAUUGGGGAGGACGGGCUCGUGGUAAUGGCUGGAGCGGAAUAGGUGGAAUGGUAUCAAAUACAUCAAACAAAUGUUUUAAUGCCAUUCCAUUUGCGCCGUUCCAGCAAUUAUUAUGAGCCGUCCUCCCCACAGCAGCCUCCACUGAUGGGUAAAUAUAAUUAAUUGAAAAGUCAAAACAUUUAUACAUCAAUCGCAGAUAGCCCCUUUAAGGAAUUCAUAAAUAUGUUAAAUAUACUUCAAAGCAAUACCUUGAUUAUUUACAUACAAUCUGUACAAUGGUAUAUCGAAAUUGAACAAUUAAAGAUUGGUGGAAAAAAAAGUAUCCCAUGGAACAUUUUAAAAUACACUGUUACUGUACGUUUUUCCUCUCCUUUCUGUCUCUCAGACGGCUCCAGAUGGAUGGAAGAACUCGGUCCGCCACAACCUGUCUCUGAAUAAAUGCUUUGAGAAGGUGGAGAAUAAGAUUGGCAACUCUUCGCGUAAGGGCUGCCUGUGGGCCCUCAACCCAGCCAAGAUAGAGAAGAUGCAGGAGGAGCUACACAAGUGGAGCCGCAAAGACCCCCUCACUGUCCGCAAGAGCAUGGCCAGGCCUGGUAGGUGGUCUAUACAUCACAGACAAGGACUCCCCUUAGACCUGGGCUAUGUUUUAUUUGCGCUUCCUCAAAGUUCGGAUGCCAGUGUUUUAUAUGGAGGGUAAGCUUGGCAAUCCUCAGGUCCAUCAUGGCAUAAAUGACUCCCUAAAUAAGAUUGUGCUGUUACAGACAUGGUAUGUUACCUUUGAGACUGAGCAACACCAGCGGUCUGGUGAUUCUAUCUACUCUGCCUUUUUGGCAGCUGUUACAGGAGAUAAGUGCAAGGUCAUCUCAAUUUACCCACAGUCUCUCUCUCUCUCUCUUUCUCUGUUUUCUCAGAGGACCUGGAUCGCCUGUUGGGGGAAAGACCAGAGAAGCUGAAAUCUUUACCUUCUUACCACAACCAGAUCCCACUGGCAAUCUACAACCCUACCCCUUCCUCCUUCACAUCCCAGCCUCGAGAGCCCAGUCGCCCUCUCCGAUGUCCCCUCUACCCCCACGUCCCCCCUCCCUCCCUGUCGGUCAACCAGCACCCCCGCUACCUGCCCCCCACCACCCCCCACCCAUUCUCCUUCUACUCCCCCUGCGGACAGCAGCCUCCAUCGGGUAUCCCCCCCAAUGUGGGUACCCUGGGUUCCCCCCUGGCGGGGCAGACACCCCCCACAUCUAGCGCCACCAUACAGGCAGAGUAUGACGUUGGGCCCAGGAGCAUGCAGGAGCUACAACUAGAUGGAGAUGCUAAUAACGAUAUCGACACGCUCAACCCCAGCUUGACUGACCUACAGCUCCACGGUAAGGUUGAGAGAGAGAGAUAGAGAGGCCAAGACAGAGACAGAGAGAGAGAGAUAGAGAUUGAGAGGCCAAGAGAGAGAGAGAGAUUGAGAGGCCAAGACAGAGACAGAGACAGAGAGAAAGAGAGAGAGAGCAAGAUAUAUAUAUAUAUAUAGAGAGAGAGAGCGCAAGAGAGAGAGAGAGAGAGAGAGAGAGAGAGAGAACCAUAUUCAGGAAUUAUUUUUAUACAAUCUACAACAAGAUUUACAACCCUGUUCUCUCUCCUCUCAGGUUACUUGUGGGAGGAGCUGAGAGAGGACAGCCUGGCUCCAGAUUCGCUGGUGGUAAUCAGCCCCUCCCCGUCCCCCUCCUCUUCCCAGCCAACACACCUCCUCCUGGGGUCCAGUCUGAGGAGCACCGGUCCUGUCAACCAGACAUCAGAGUUGAUCUCCGUCGGGCUGGGGAUGGAAGAUGAGGAAGAUGAGGACGAGAUGGGAGGAGGAUGUGGAGGUCCAUCAGACCUCCAUAUUAAUGGACAGUACCACACAGCCUACCCAGGUGUGGAGAGCUUGGCUGGUUACCUCACUUCCAUGGGGAACACCCCCAUACCUCUGCUUUGA